UUCUUGGUUAUGAACUUUGCAUCUAGAUUGGGGAAAACUGUAAACUAGGUCACAGAAAUUGUUGUUUACUGAUUUCUUUUUCAAAUAUGCAGUGAGAGGGUAAUGAAUCUUACAUUCACUAGGACAGAGAUUUGGUGCACAUGGGCACCAGUGAUCUCGUUUUUUCUAAAAAAAUAAAAAUAAUAGUUUUGAGUUGUAAAAAAUUCUGGAAAAAAAAUCCACACAUAGUCAAUGAUGUAUCCCACAAACGGGCAAAAAAAAUCAAUUUCAAAUACUUAAUAUUUUGACCUACACAAAAAUGACAAAAUUGUAGAUCUGAGUAGUCAUUUUCAAAUCUCCCAAACAUAUCAGAAUUUGUUAUUUUUGUCCAGGUUAAAAUAAAAAGAAUUUCGGAUUGGGAUUUUCCAUGAUUGUGGGAUGUAUCAAUGGUAAUCUACAUAAUUAUUUUCAUGAUUUUUUAUAACUUGUAAAAAUAUUUUUAAUUUUUUUUAACUGAGCGAGAGCACUGGAGCUCUUGAGCUAAAAGCACUUUUCGUGCUACUUUGAUCCCUACAAUAAACUCAGAUCUUUCAAGGCCGGUGAUGUUUGUGAAAUGCUUCGCCCCGCCCCAGAGAUUUUGUUCAAGGUCCGCCACACUGCCAACAAGUACUAUUUACCUCACGCUCCCAUUGUCCCCAAGUAGUAGCAGCUCUUCUUCCUCCUUCCCCUCAUCCCCAGUCAGUACUAGUGGGAAGCAACGAUGGAGAACUGCAGCAAGAAGCCGAGGCUUGUUCUUACACCCAAUGGACAGUUGAAGCAAGAAGCAGCGGAUCAUGAAACCAGCAGAGAGGUUGUGGUGGACGACGCCACCCUGCCGGUAACCAACAUGGCCAUCAUGAUUGAUAAGACCAUGUAUGACUGCCCACUCUGCUAUCGGCCCUUGAGGCCUCCUGUGUUGAAGUGCCGAGCCGGACACGGUGCGUGCGGCAGCUGCUCUGAAAACCACGCUCGCAAGUGCCAUUUGUGCGCGGACGGCGCCGAGUACGAGCACAUCCACUGGUUGGACUCCUAUGUCAUGGCGGCCAAGGUUCCGUGCCCAAACGAGCCAUUUGGCUGCCGGACCUUGGUGCCCUACUGCUUGGUUGAUGACCAUCUGCUGGAGUGCUGGCACGCUCCUUGCUACUGCCCUGAGCCUGGCUGCACCUUCCCUGGCUCGCCGCUGAUGCUCUACGACCACCUCAAGGUGCACCACGACUGGCUCAUCACAUCCAUCGCCUUCGACAAGAAACUCGAUUUGGAGAUAGAUGAAGCGGAGCGGCGCCGUCUACUGGCUACGGAAAACGGGGAGCACUUGUUCCUCCUGGUCAUCACUGAGAGGGUCGGCGGAGGGUGCGAAGUCAGGCUCGUGCGUGUCUGUGGCAAGGAUGCAGGCCCAUGGGGGUACUGGUACAAGGUGUGGACGAAUGCGCCAAUGGACCCAUGGUACAGGGACAGGAAACCAAUUCUGAUGUUGGAGGACAGGGUGAGGAGCUGCGCGGUGCCCUCAGAGGAGGCGGCCAUGGAGGUGGGCACCAGGUACUUGUCUGUGCAGCUCCCCGACAUGCACCCGAGAGGAGGGUUUGCUCUCCGCGUCCGCAUCACGAGGUACCAGCUCCAAACAGCUGAUGGCGCUUCUGCUCCUGCUUAUCCAGUCUCGGCCGGGGCUGAUUAAUAAUUCAGCGGGAAAAAGUGUACCACCUAGCAGAAAUAUGCUAAAAUCGAGUUGUUGGGUGAUUGGAUUGUAAAUAUCGGAGAUUUGUUGAGAUUAUUAGUACUCCCACCGUCCCUAAAAAAGCUGCUCAACUUUGUCUAGAAUUUAAUGUAUAUAGACAAAGUUGAGCAGCUUUUAUAGGGAUGGUUGGAGUACUUCUACUUCGGUUGUUCAUGUUAUGUGCCUGUCUUUUUUAAUGAUGUAUUUUGAAAAUCAUCAAGUUGAAUGCAUUAAAUUGAAUUUUGUUAGCAACACUGAGGUGUUGUCCUUGGAGCUA